CUCCGCCACCCGCCCGGGCCUCGACGGGCUCGCCGCCAGGGCUGGGGAGGGGCGGCGCGGAGGGCGGGGGCCGGGCGCGGGGCAGGGCCCGGCUGUGCCUCUCCGGCCGUUCGGGCAACUCCCGGGCCGCGGCCAGCCGAGGAGCAGAGCGCUUGCCCGGCGGGUCUGCCGCGUCGCAGGCGCCGCCGGAACCCUGGCCAUGAGGACCCUGUGGAUGGCGCUGUGCGCGUUGGCGCGGCUGUGGCCCGGAGCCCAGGCCGGCUGCGCCGAGGCCGGGCGCUGCUGUCCCGGCCGGGACCCCGCCUGCUUCGCCCGCGGCUGGAGGCUGGACAGGGUCUACGGGACGUGUUUCUGCGACGAAGCCUGUCGCCUCACCGGGGACUGCUGCUUCGACUACGACAGGGCGUGCCCAGCUCGCCCAUGCUUCGUGGGGGAAUGGAGCCCCUGGAGUGGUUGUGCAGACCAGUGCAAGCCUACAACCCGUGUGCGGAGGCGCUCUGUGCAGCAGGAGCCUCAGAACGGUGGGGCGCCCUGCCCACCCCUGGAAGAGAGAGCCGGCUGCCUGGAGUACUCCACCCCGCAGGGCCAGAACUGCGGGCACUCCUAUGUUCCUGCCUUUAUAACUACCUCUGCAUUCAACAAGGAGAGAACACGACAAGCUACGUCUCCACACUGGUCUACGCACACAGAGGAUGCUGGAUACUGUAUGGAGUUUAAGACAGAGUCCUUGACUCCUCACUGUGCUCUGGAAAACCGGCCCUUGACUAGAUGGAUGCAGUAUCUCCGAGAGGGAUACACGGUGUGUGUGGAUUGUCAGCCUCCAGCUAUGAACUCUGUGAGCCUUCGUUGUUCCGGAGAUGGCCUGGACUCCGAUGGAAAUCAGACUCUCCAUUGGCAAGCAAUUGGUAAUCCUCGAUGUCAAGGAACUUGGAAAAAAGUUCGGCGAGUAGACCAGUGUUCUUGUCCAGCUGUUCACAGUUUCAUUUUUAUAUAGAUGGUGAUAUAAAUAUUUCCAAAUGCAUUUGUAAAUGUGCUAAAUAUUCUCAAGUCAUGUUCAAUGUUUCCUAAACCUUCAAUUUUGGCCAGAGUCCCCAAACACAUCAUUGCCACACUCUGAAGUAGAGAAAGAAAAAUUAGGGGCCAGUUCUCAAGGAACACAGGUCCUUUAUUUUUAUUUUAACUAAGUUGAAGACCCACUCAAAAAGCUCCUGUGGUUUUAUGUUCUUGACCUUUCAUCUGGAGUCCUCUCAUUCAGCAGGUGGCGUGUGAGACAUAGAAUACAUGUCUGUUUGCUAAAGUAAAAUUACUGUAACUCAGUCCAAUUAUUGGUGACGGAAGUGUCAUUUAAGGGGAUCUAUGUUUUGAAUCUUGCAGUCUUUCUUUCUAUUUUAUAAUCUUUUAAAAGCUUCUCCCUUUAAAAAAUGUAUACACGAAUGCACACUCUACACAUAUAUUUCCAUAUAUUUAAUAUUCCAUAAAUUUUGAAAUAAUUUCAAGAAAAUUAUCACAAAUAAUUUUUCCACAGGGCAAAUUAUUUAAAUUUUUAGUAAGCAUUCUGUAAUGAAAAACCAACAGCUAUACUGAAAACAUUUUUUGAAGAAGAAUAAAUUUUUUUUCGCAUAUGUGAAAGGAUCAAACGCUCAUUCUAGGUCAAUGGGAGUUCUUUUAAAUGUUAUAAUUUUCAUGAAGAGAAAUGUUGGUACCAGUGAAUGAAACAAUUGCUUUCAUUCCGAAAAUUCUACCAACAUUUGCAUCUAAGAUUAUUUCCAAGGCUUAAAGCCUGAAGCUGAAAAAAAUAAUCUUUCAAGAGUCCAACUUCAAGUUUAGUUGAUGUAAGCUCACUAUUUUUUUCCUACCGCAUGCAUUUUCUAAUGUUUGGGGUGGAUGGCGUGUCGGUUAUGGAAGGCAUAGACGUCAUUACAGAUGCUAUGAUCUCACACAUACACAAGGAAAUGUUAGUCUCCUUAUUUUAUGAUUGGAAAAUCAAUGACCUAGAGGCAAAAUGGCAUGUUUAAGGACCUGGGAUGACAAGUCAUUCUGCAGUCAGCCAAAGAGCCAAAUUUGGACUCCUCAUCCAGGACUCCAUGAAAAGCCUGACUUUGCCAAACACUGCACUGGAAAAGCUAAGCCCCUUUCAUUUUUGAAGUAAAUUUUGAAUUCAAGAUAUUUAGUUUAAAGAAUUGAGUCUUGACAUGUAAACUACAUGAAAUUCCUUUGGUUUCAAUUGAAUAAUAUUCACUAACAAAUGAUUUACUAAAAUACAUAUUUCUUGGUCCUUAUCAUGUAAUGACAGAUUGACAACAGCAAUAGGGAUGGAAAUUUCCCCAGUAAUUAAUAACACCGAGAGUGGCAAUAUUUCUGACUAUAUUUUCAUUUAAUUAUCAAAGUUGUUUUUGUGGAAAAUUAAAUUUUUCAGAAAUUAGUAAUAAAAUAUGUGAGUCCAUCAAGGCUAGCAACUUUAAGUCAGUAUUAACAUUUUCAUACUGUUUCUAACAUUCAUAAAGCUAGAUUUUUGAGGCUAUGUCCAGGUAAUUUCCAAUGUUACUUAAAAUUUUUAUACUAGUAAAUAAACUGUUUGUUCACAUUUAUAGAAGCUCUAUACUUGUUUGACUAGAAAAUAACCCAAAAUUUCUGGACUAGUCAGAGAAUGAUAAAAUUUCACCAAAAACAAAACAAAAAAUCCUUCAGAAUUGAUAGGUAUAGGUACAGCGACUACUAAUAGCAAUGAAGCAAUGGUGCAUUUACAGUUCCGAUAUGUGUUAUAACAUUUAACAUAAUUGAGUUGUAUAAAAUAAAUUUUUCACCUUAUGCCUUUAAUUUUUGGUGGAUGACCAGUAAUUGCUUUCUUAUUGAAGUUAAAUUUUUGUCAUUUCUAUUCUUGAGAAAAUUUUAUGGGCUAGAAGAGUUAACUUAAUGUUAACUAACAGUUUUGAAAAGCUUGUUAUUAAUUUUAGCAAAGCCCAAGGGAAAUAGUUCAGAACUGAAACAUGCAGUCCAAGUGAUGAAUGAAAAACCAAAAGUUUUUAUUUCCAAAGUUAAAAAUCAAAGUAUAAAAGACCUCUUGGCACUCUUUUUUAAUAAGUACCUUAGUCUUAGGGCCCUAUCCCCAGGCACUCUAAAAAGAUUUACGAACUCUAGAAUCCCUUAUUAGACUCAUUUUCAAAAGUGCUCGUGGAAAAGAAUUUCAACAAAAAUAAAUAUAGCCACCAGAAAAGAAGCGGAAAGAAGCAAGGGAUAAAGGCCAUUUUUGAAAAGUGAAAAACAAGUGAAGGAAAAAAAGAACAGAAAAAGGAAUAAGGUGAACUAUAAUCACAGUAUUCUUUUUAGAGUUUUGCUUUAGUUUUUAUUUGAGAAUGUUACAAUUAAGCAUAAACCACAACAGCAAUAAUUUAAAGUUUUAGGUUCUCAUCUGGCAUAAACAUUUCAGUUAGCUAUCUUUUCUAGAUAUGCACAAAAAUGAUAUUCGGUUCCUGCCCUCUAAGAAUAUUCUAGUGAAGGUUCAUACAAACAACCACAGGUUGGCUUAGAAAACAAAGACCUGGGCCUUCUGAGGUCCGAGCGAUCAGACAAAGAGCACCAUGAGGGAGAAGGUCACACUCUAGGUCAGGGUGACAGACAGACACAUGUUUACCCUCUCUCCUUCCUCAGAUCCCACUGAAGAGACAGGGUUCACAGAAGAGAAUAAGUCCAUAGCAGAUGAGAAGUGAGGUGGGCAGAAUCAGCCCACAGAUUUUGAAUAAUUUUUUUGAAAAUUGAAAGCAAAUGAGAACCUACUGAUAGAUGAACCAGAAUAAAGGGGCCAUACCCUUUAACACGGGUACACAAGAAGCUGGAAUCACAGGUGAGAGCCAUUCUUGGUGGGGCGGUCCCACCAAGCACCAAAGGAUGAAUAAAAAGACUCUCAGCCCUAGAGACAAAUUUGUGAAAUUGAAAAUGAAGGAUAAAGAAAAGACCAUAAAACCUUCCAGAGAGAGAACAUCAGAUUACCUGUAAAGGAACAGGAGUCCUCAUGAAGACAGCACUCUUCUCAUCAGCAUCAGUGCAUGCUUAACAUCUAACAGAAGAAAGUCUCCAAUCUCUGAGGGAAAAUGAACGUGAAACUAACAUUUGAUAGCAGCUAUCACUAAUAAAGUGUGAAAGCAACAUGCAGACUUUUAAAGGCACAAGGAUUGGAAGCUUUAUUAAAAUGUCCUAAGCAGGACAUUCUUUUUUCUGGUUAAACAUGGCAGGUUGGACACAUGUAUUUAUGUGCCAAUUCCCACUAAAAUUACAGUUAAGGGAUUUUCAAAGCCAUCCCCCCACCAAAACAACAACAAAGCCCAUAUAUAAUGAGGAGGUCAAGAGAGAAAAAGCAGAAGAGAUGGCCACAACAUUUCAGGGCCAGAAAAGAUGGCUAUUAAAAUCGGAGGAUAAAGCCAAACACCUAGAUCUAUGGGUGAAUUUGAGUAAGCAAGGUAAUUUCUAGCACUCUGGAAAGGCUCUGGAACUGAAGGUUCCAGGUAUUUCCUUCAAUGGAAUGAAUGGCUGAUGGUUGGUCUAAGUCAGAGCCUUAGAUUCCCUCCCCCAUGCUGUAGGUCAACAGCCUGACCGAAGGUUCAGUCUAUGGAGGAGUUUGGAUUGGAAACACCAGUCACAAAGACUGAGAAUGAAGCCUGAGUGAAAGUCUAUUCUGACUGGUGACCCCCAGUUCCCUUUUCCAUGUGCUCUGAGAAUAUUGCAAGCAGGGAUAGAUAUGCCCCUCCUUCACUCCCUCACUGCCAUUCUCAUCCCUACACACCAGUUUGUUAGAUUCCUCUCUGAGGAAGUGGAUUAUCCAAGAGAAAUGACAACAGGUGUUGACAGUUGAUGGUCCCCUAAUGAAGGAGCCAUGUCCCUGUCUAAUCACUAUACAGGCAUAUCGCUACCUGGAUGUCUUUGUUCAGGCUGCUAUAUAUUAAAAAAAAAAAAAAAUACCAUAGAUUGGGUGGUUUAAACAACAAACAUUUAUUUCUCACACCUCUGGAGGCAGGAAAGUCCAAGAUGAAGGUACCAGUAGAUCUGAUAACCAGUGAGGGCCCUCUCCUUGGUUUGGAGAUGGAUGCCUUCUCGCUGUCUUCAGAUAGCAUGGAGAGAGACAGAGGGAGAGAAAGAGAGAGAAGAGAGAGAGAUGGGACAGGAGGAAAGAGAAAGAGGAGAGUAAGCGGGGAAAGCUUUUUCAUGUCCCUUCUUAUAAGGGCACUAAUUUUAUCAUCAGGGCUCUAUCCUCAUGACUUCAUUACUUCCCAAAGGCCCAUCACCAAGUUCCAUCAUAUUUGGGAUAAAGGUUUGAACAUACGAAUUUUGCGGGGACACAACCAUGCAGUCCAUAACAUUUGACAUGUCCCAUCAGCGCUCACAGAACUUGAAUCAGCUUUUUAACUUUUUUUAAGUAUUAUUUAUGUAUUUAGAGGUGGUAACUUGCUAUGUUGUCCAGAUUGGUCUGAAACUCCUGGACUCAAGUGAUCCUCCCACCUCAGCCUCCUGAGUCACUGGAUUAUAGACAUGAACCACCUCAUCUGGCUUCAAUCAACUUUUUUGUUCUUGUCCAUAAAUAUAAAUGGACAGCACAGGACAACCAGACAUUUCAGAAAAACCACUAACAAGAGCAACCAAAAUUAAACAUGAAGAAACAAGCAAUAUAACAAAACUCAGAGUAAAUAAAUCACUGAUCACUACCAGGAAUGAAGAGA